CCCCAGCCGCCGCUGCGGAGCUCGCCGGGAGCCCCCGGAGCGCGGCCACGGCGCAGCCGCCGCCGCCAUGGCCCAGACCCUGCAGAUGGAGAUCCCGAACUUCGGCAACAGCAUUCUGGAGUGCCUCAACGAGCAGCGGCUGCAGGGCCUGUACUGUGAUGUCUCGGUGGUGGUCAAGGGCCAUGCCUUCAAGGCCCACCGGGCCGUGCUGGCCGCCAGCAGCUCCUACUUCCGGGACCUGUUCAACAGCAGCCGGAGUGCGGUGGUGGAGCUGCCGGCGGCUGUGCAGCCCCAGUCCUUCCAGCAGAUCCUCAGCUUCUGCUACACAGGCCGGCUGAGCAUGAACAUGGGCGACCAGUUCCUGCUCGUGUACACAGCGGGCUUCCUGCAGAUCCAGGAGAUCAUGGAGAAGGGCACAGAGUUCUUCCUCAAGGUGAGCUCCCCCAGCUGUGACUCCCAGGGCCUGCACGCCGAGGAGGCCCCCUCGUCCGAGCCCCAGAGCCCUGUGGCGCAGACGUCGAGCUGGCCGGCCUGCGGCACCCCACUGCCCCUCGUGUCUCGCGUCAAGACGGAGCAGCUGGAGUCGCACUCCGUGCAGUGCACGCCCGUGGCCAAGCGGCUGUGGGACAGCAGCCAGAAGGAGGCCGGCGGUGGCAGCAGUGGCAACGGCAGCCGCAAGAUGGCCAAGUUCUCCGCGCCGGACCUGGCCGCCCACCGGCCGCCCCAGCAGGCCCCGGUGGUGGCGGCGGCACAGCCCACCGGAGUGGCGGCGGGGCCCGGGGCCGGGCAGCCGGCGGGGGGCGUGGCGGCAGCGGCAGGCGGAGUGGUGAGUGGGCCCAGCACGUCGGAGCGGACCAGCCCGGGCACCUCAAGCGCUUACACCAGCGACAGCCCCGGCUCUUACCACGAGGAGGAGGAGGAGGAGGAGGACGCGGGCGAGGAGGGCACAGACGAGCAGUACCGGCAGAUCUGCAAUAUGUACACCAUGUACAGCAUGAUGAACGUCGGCCAGACCGCCGAGAAGGUGGAGGCCCUCCCUAAGCAGGUGGCCCCCGAGUCCCGGAAUCGCAUCUGAGUGCGGCAAGACCUGGCGUCUCUCCCUGCUGAGCUCAUCAACCAGAUCGGCAACCGCUGCCACCCCAAGCUCUACAAUGAGGGUGACCCCUCUGAGAAGCUGGAGCUGGUAACAGGCACCAACGUGUACAUCACCAGGGCGCAGCUCAUGAACUGCCACGUCAGUGCGGGCACGCGGCACAUGGUCCUGCUGCGGCGCCUCCUGGCCUCCUUCUUUGACCGGAACACGCUGGCCAACAGCUGUGGCACCGGCAUCCGCUCUUCCAGUAACAACCCCAGCCGCAAACCGCUGGAUAGUCGCGUCCUGCACGCUGUCAAGUACUACUGCCAGAACUUUGCUCCCAACUUCAAGGAGAGCGAGAUGAACGCCAUCGCAACCGACAUGUGCACCAAUGCCCGCCGCGUUGUGAGGAAGAGCUGGAUCCCUAAGGUCAAGCCGCUUAUGGCCGAGGGUGACGCCUACACCACCUUCGUCAGCUACACGGGCAAGAUAGAGCCGGACAUGAUGGGUGUGGAGCACGGCUUCGAGACGGCCAGCCAUGACGGCGAGGCCGGCCCCUCGGCCGAGGAGGCCCUCCAGUAACCCCCACCGGACCCUCCCGCGGGGCUGUCACACUCCCCCUCCUGUCACACCCGCCCGCCAUCUUGGUCACGAGCUACUGUCUGUCCUUCCCCAGGACCCGCGGGGGGGCACUGCAUGCUCCCGGCCCCUCUGCCUCCCCGUCCCACCCCCUGACCCCAAUCCGAUCGGGGAUCCGGGCUGGGAGAGGACGGCAGGGGGUGCGAGGUCUGCGUUGCCUUCUGUAGCACACACUCGUGCACAGUUGGGGGGCUCUUGCUCCCCCUCUCCUAACCCCUAGCAACUGUCUCCCCACUCACCAGGCCAGGCACAGGGAGGGCCUGGCCUGGGGGGCUUGGGAAGACCCCCUUCCCAGGCGCUGGACCACCUAGCCGGAGCAUUCCUCAGCCUCCGCCCACCACUGCAGCCCCUUGGGACUCACAGGGGCCCCGGGUUCUCAGGACCCCUCCCGCCACCACCUCCCAGUGCUUCCACGUUUCCAAAAGCGCCUUCCUGUCUCCCUCGUCUGUCCCUGCGCCUGGGGGCUGGGGUAGGCGAGGCCGUGAGGACUGCCCGUUUUACAGCUGAGGAAACUGAAGCUCAGAGAAACUCCAUGACCGACCUAAGGUGGCGGGCGGUGGCAGGCCCAGCGCCCUUCUCUUCCCCCACCUGUGCUCAGCCUCUCUUGCCGCCACCAGCCCCCUGGGGCCUGAGAGGGGCAGGUCCUGAGAGGGGGGCCCUUGGGGGCAGACCAAGGGUCUCUGAGGAUAGAAGAAGUUUCCGGGGCUCGCAGAAG